AUGAUGAUGCAGGGUGCAGGUUGUGACGAAUGCAGAGAUGUCAGGAACCAAGGUGGGCCACCAAAAACGUCAUCCUACAAAGGCCACGGUCUGACGGGAGCCAGGGUGGCAGGCCAGUCGAGAGGAAUAAGCCCAUUCCAGAACCGGGAACGGGCAGAGUCCGGGGCAAACAUCCGGUUAGUCGGCCCCCAACCCAGGGUCCGGCAAGGAAUACUGCGCCUCACGAACAUGGUUCUCUAUACCUCAGAUGAGUGCAGCCACGAGACAAGAGGUGUGGUGGAGGUGGGGGCCCAGCAGGCGUUCAGGACCCAGCCCAAGAACAUGACGGUGCGUGCGGGGACUACGCUGAUGCUGAAGUGUGAGGUGCUGAGGCCCUCAGGGGUUGUCCAGUGGGUGAAGGAUGGCCUGCUUCUGGGUCCACAACAGAGACUGCCGGGGUUCCCUCGCUACAGCCUGUUGGGGGACCCUAAGAGAGGACAGUACUAUCUCCAAAUCGAGAAAACCGAAUUGGAGGACGAUGCCCCCUACGAAUGCCAAGUGGGCCAGUCCGAGAGCAGCCGGGCAAUCAUCUCCCAUACAGCGUGGAUCAAUGUGCAGAUUCCUCCCUCUAAACCUUACUUUGAGCUGGAGACCACAGACCCAUGGGUAGCAGGGAAAAGCUACACUGUCACAUGCAUCGCUCCAGACGCCAAACCAGAGGCAGUGAUCACUCUGUUUAAAGAUGGAGUUGAGCUGACAGGUGUAGAGUCUUUCCCUAUGCCUGGCUCUGAGGACAAGCUCCAGAACACACACGCUACAAAAGAGUAUGUGUUCCUCAGUUCGGACAACGGGAGGGAGCUGGUGUGUCGUGCGAAGAACCCGGCUCUCCCUAGGGCCCUGGAAACCAGCCUGGUGAUGAAUGUAUACUUCCCACCCCAGCAUCCAGUAAUCCAGGGCCUGGACAGAGAAGGCCUGGUGAAGAGGGGGACCAUGUUGAAGCUGGUUUGUGUGUCCCAGGGAGGGAACCCAUUGGCCACCCUACACUGGACCAAGAAUGGGGAGGUGAUUUCCACCAGCUGGGAGGUGGACACAGAGUCGCGACGGGCCAUCAGCCACCUGACCCUGCAGGUUAAACCACAGGACAACCAGGCCGAGCUGCGCUGUGAGAGCGUGAACCAGGUGACCCCUGUCCCUCUGUCCAGCAGCCGCAAGAUCACUGUCCUCUUUGAGCCAGAGAAGGUGAUGGUGCUGGGGUUGUUCGAGGCGAGAGAGGGAGAGGAGGUGACCCUGUGCUGUUACACCUCCUCCAGUAACCCGCCUGUACACAUACGCUGGUGGCUGGGCUUCAGGGAACUCAACACCACCGUGGUCAAUGUGGAAGAGGGAGACCACGGGGGGAAGAAAACCAUGUCUAACCUGACCCAUAUUGUCUCUCGGGAGGAGAACGGGCUGCCCCUCACCUGUGAGACCUUCAACAAGGGCACACGCUUCUCCAAGAGCCAGUCCAACAACCUCAUUGUUUUCUACCCUCCUCAGAAGGUGUGGAUAGAAGCCCCUCCCCCAGGGCUUCCUCUGAGAUCAGGAACCAUCAUACGCCUCAUCUGCUUCUCUAUUGGGGGAAGUCCCAAAGGAACCCUCAACUGGUACAAGGAUGGUAAGGCGUUAUCAGACUACCCCAAACAAGUGCCCUCUGAUAAAGGCGUGUCCAAAGAACUGGCCGUGCGCCUCCAGCCCAGUGACAACAUGGCUACCUACCGCUGUAAUGCCACCAAUAAGGCCAAGAUGGUCCUCAACGCCUCCGUCAAACUCAUGGUCCAGUUCCCUGCAGUGAGUGUGACAAUCAUAGCCAAGCAGAAGGAGCUGCGUCGGGGCCAAAACCUCAGUCUGGACUGUCUGUCUGGGAGCAGCAACCCCCAGGCCAACAUCUCCUGGAGCCUGGGCCCAACCAGGCUGAAAGGGGUGGAUCUGUCUCCUAAGAACACAACGUUUGGGGGUGUAUCAGUAUGCAGUACUCUGUCCCUCCCCCUGUCCUCCCAGCACCAUGGCCAGAGGAUCACCUGUCAGGCCUACAGCUCUCUGCUGUCUGAGGGAGUCAACACCUUCUACAAGCUCAACGUCCUCUAUCCCCCAGAGUUCAGCCCUGACCAUCCCCAGAAGAUACAGGUAGUGGAGGAUGAGACAGCCAUCCUUCCCUUGCUUGUCUCGGCUAAUCCAGAUGACGUCUCCUGCAGUUGGCUCUACCGCAAGGAGGAGCUGCACAAAGAAAUGGAUCCUCGGUACCACUUUACUGAGAGCACAGCAUUUGAGAUCUGGAAUGUGACAAGGAGAGACACCGGGGUCUACACCGUGAACUGUACCAACGAGGUGGGGUCUGACAAUACCACCAUCACUCUGGACGUACAGUAUGCCCCUAGUGUGAAGAUGGAGAAGGACCCAGUGUAUGUGGACGUGGGGGAGACAGCAGACCUGUUUUGUGUAGCAGAUGCCAACCCCAUCAUCAACACUGACAUGUUCUCCUGGAAAUGGCUGGGCGAGGGGGAGAUGGAGGAGAUGGGGGAGCAGAGCCAGGAUGAGGCCACUGGGCAGCUGACCAUCCAAGGGGCGACUCGGGCCCACGCCGGACGCUACCAGUGCACUGCCGACAACAACAUAGAGCCCCCUGCCAGCGUGGCAGUCCAGCUGGUGGUGCGCUUUAAGCCAGAGCUCCAGAAGGGGGCUCAGUGGAAUAAGGUGGCAAGCAGAGGGGAUGGCACCAGAACAGCUGAGGUGGUGUGCCAGGGAGAGGGCAUCCCACGGCUCCACUUCUCCUGGGCUAAAAAUGGCGUGCCCAUAGACUUCAUACACCCCAGGUACCAGGAGAAGACAGUUAGGGAGGGCUCAUUACACACCAGCACGGUAACCGUGGUGAACGUGAGUGCAGCGCUGGACUACGCAGUAUUCACCUGCACUGCUCGCAACACUCUGGGAGAAGACACACUCAACAUCCAACUGCUCAGCACCAAUCAACCAGAUCCUCCCUCAGAGUUCCGCCUGGUCAGCUUCACCCAUGCCUCUGCAACUCUAGAAUGGAUCCCAGGCUUCGAUGGGGGUUUGGAGCAGAGAUUCCGUGUCAGGUACCGUUGGGCUGACUCUGUGAGUUUCCUCUACGUGGAUGUGUUCCCUCCGAGAGCAAACAUCUUCAUUGUGACAGGCCUGUCCCCCGCCACUACAUACAACUUUUCUGUCAACGCACUCAACUCCAUGGGAGAGAGCGGCUACGCAGACAACAACUCAGUACUCACCAUCACCACCGAGGAGUGGGAAGGAGCAGUCCAGGAAGAGGAUCCCUCAGGGGAGGAGACGACAGGGUUGUCGCUGUAUCAGACUGUGAUCAUGGCGGUGGUUGGUGGGGCUCCACUGCUGGCUCUCAACUGGCUGGGCUGCUUUCUGUGUCUGAGGUGGAAGAAGAGGCGGGGCCAGACAGAGAGUAAAGGCAGUGUUUCAGAUGGGAAGAAGAGUGAAGGAGAUGGGUCCACUGUGUCCACUGCCAGCGGCUCCACCAGGUACGAGGUCAGAGAGCUGGUGAAUCCUGCGGCCCAGUGCACCCUCCUCAUCGACAGCGGAUCAGAACCAGACAGCAGCGUCUACGAGAGCUACGCUGGGGAGAGCUCCCACUACUACUACCCCACCAGUGACUACCACCCCUCUCUCUACCCCCACCCCGAGGGAGCACAAGGGCAAGAUGGCCGCCGCUACCCACUAGAGCCCAUAGGCCAUGAGUAUGAGGAGGUGGGAGACUGGGGCAUGUAUCAGGACGUGCUGGGGUUGUCUCUCCCCCUGCCUCCUUCCCAGUUUGACCCCAGGUUACCAGAGCAGAGGCGAGAGUGGAGACCACCAUCACCCAGUUACCCUCAGCUUUCUUCUCCAACAGGGAAGUGGGAGGGGCAUGACUGCCCGGCAGCAGCCAAUCAGAAGGAAGGAUCCGGUGGUUGA